AUGGCAGAUGGAGCAACACCACUAUGGGACGCCGUCGAAUAUCAGACGAAGAUCUUCUACGCCAACGUCGAAGAGAACGAGAAGUUCACCGGUCCUCCACGACCAGAGCUGGACGAAGCUUGGGCGAAUGUCACCGAAGGACAUCUUAUACUGCUCAACGAGACCGGCGUAGGGCAGCUAGGCCAGUCAUUGGAAGAAGCCGUCAAUCUCGGCGGCGCAUACUUUGCACUACCAGAAUACUACCACCAGAUGCAUUGCCUGGACAUCGUCCGAAGAUUCAUCUGGCGUGAGCACUACUCCGACUUCGUCUUUUUCCAAACGAGCGAAGAAGCCAUUAAAGGGCAUUUGGACCAUUGCUUGGACCUGCUACGCCAGGUCGUAAUGUGCACGGCCGAUGUUGGCCUGAUUGUGUAUUAUUGGGAGGGAGUCGACCGUCUGCCUCAAGCAAAGUUUGCCACGGAACACAUGUGCCGGAAUCUGGACCGCAUCAAUGAUUGGGUUUUGGAGAACAAAUGGGAAGACGAGCAAGCGAUCGACCCCCUUGCUCCGCACAUGGCUAUGUCGUCUAGAAAGUAG